UUUAGUACACCGCGAUACAGAGGAACAAAUCAGAAUCACACUGAAACACAGAAUCCCCAAAAGUCACAGGUGGCUUUAGGGUUUUCGUCUCCUAGUCGUGACCGUAAGAGAGAGGACGAGAUCCUCCACUAAUUUCAAACAUAUAUUCGCUUGUGAAUCGAUUCGAAUUCUUGGCUCAGGAAUCAAAUUCUCUGGUUUCUCUUCUUUUCCGUAUUUUGAUUUGUUCUCUUUCGGAAUUUGCGUUGUUUUUGUUUGAAACGAUGGGAAGAGGAAAGUUCAAGGGGAAACCUACCGGCCAACGCCGAUUCUCUAGCGCAGCUGAUAUACUUGCUGGCACUUCUGCUGCACGUCCUCGGUCUUUCAAGCAGAAAGAAGCUGAAUACGAAGAAGAUGUCGAAGAGGAGUCUGAAGAGGAAUCCGAAGAAGAAUCCGAGGAUGAAUCUGAUGUGAAGAAGAAAGGAACUGAAGCUUUAAUCGAAGUUGAUAACCCUAACAGAGCAAAACCAAAGACCUUGAAAGCUAGAGACCUUGAUGCUAGUAAGACAACAGAACUCUCAAGGCGUGAAAGAGAGGAGCUAGAGAAGCAGAGAGCUCAUGAGCGAUACAUGAGGUUGCAGGAGCAAGGCAAAACCGAACAAGCAAGAAAGGAUUUGGAUCGUCUGGCUCUGAUUCGCCAACAGAGAGAAGAAGCUGCCAAGAAGCGAGAAGAGGAAAAAGCGGCGAGAGACGCGAAGAAAGUCGAUGCUCGCAAAUGAGAAGUGGUCACGCUCAAAACACACCUACCUACUAUAGUACUAAAAGAAAAGGAAGAAGAAGACUCCUCGUCGAGUUUUAUGCGAUUAAAAGAUGCGUUGUUUUUACUUUGUUGUUCUUUUUCGAUUGAUAAACAGAUAAAACCUUUGCUAUUUACUCAGUAUCGUGCUGGAUCUCUCGAUCUUAAUACAUUUGAAGUUAUCAUCUCUCGU